AUGUCUUCGAAACGCUUGAAGAGGAACUCGGCGCCGGCGGCUCAGUCUGACAGUGACGGCGAAGAGGACUCUGAAGUGCAGGGUGACCAGAUGAGCACGAGCACGAGUCAUCAGUUGAGGAAGAGUGAGGAGAAUCUGAAGAAGAGCAUGGCUAUGGAUGUCGGCCUCCGCAAAGUACAGGGACAGCAGCGCCUGGAGAAGGAGUUUGACAGUCAAUUUCGGGAGAUCGAGGUGCAGAUUGACGAGAGGGUGAACAGAUUCCAGCAAGACACGAAGCGCUUUCAAGGCGAGCUUCUCACCAGGUUGCUUGCCUUGACCAAGAGGAAGGAAGAGGUUGAGAAACAAAUUAUCCAAGAGGUCCAGGAGCUGGCCACGGCGCAUGAGACGAUCAAGCAAGAGUUUGAAACCAUUCUUCAAGGUCGGUCGGCCGAUGUCCGCGAGGCUAUAGAGGCCCUGCACCAGGCUGAAAAGGCGGCUGCGAAGCCACAUUGA